UCAUCAUGAGGUGGGCGACGAAUUGAAAGUUAAAACUGUAAACGAACUAAUGUAUCACUAUAAACGUGACUGGUUCAAUGUGAGGCAUCGCGUGUUUAAUAUUUAAAUAUUCAUGUAAGUAUACACUUAGCAAACCUGACCUUUCUUGUCUUUCCCUCGUUGUUUUUAUCAUAAUAUUGUUGUCGUGAGUCUAUCUGAUCUCCAAACGACGGCAACCAUGGAAACCGUUCGCGAUGAAGCCACUAAACGCCCGUUGGAUGAAGGCGACGAUGGCGACAAUAAGAAAAAGCUGAAAACUGGACCUGAUCUCCAUCAGUUUUUGCCGGCGGCUGAAAACAUAAAAACCGUUAAUGACGUGAAAAAAUGGAAUUUGCUGCCUUCAAUUGUGUACGAGCUGCUUGCUCUUUUUAAGAAAUCGGAGAAAGUGAACUCCGAAGAUGAAAACCAAGAUAAAAUUGAUCAUGAUAUUAAAGAAGACUUAAAGGUUUUAUCAAAUCAAAAUUGUUUAGAUAAUUCUGGGGAUAAUUCUGGGGAUAAUUCCAUCAAACAUGAAUAUUUGAAAGGGGUUGAUAGAUGUGAGAACAUUAUCAUUGAAAAUUCCAAUUUUAAUGUUUCAAAUACUACAAAUGACAMCAUAAAAGAUCUUAAUAAAUUAGACUUCUCAGCAAAAUUUACAAUAGAAGAUGUUCCAGAACAAAUACCAUUUUUUACGAAAGCAUCGCCAGUCAAACUGUUUGCUGAGAAUACUGAUGUUAACAAAACUGAGCAAGCAGAAUAUGAAUCAAAUGGAAAAACUAGUGGUGUCGAGAAGCAGCUGACAACCGUGGAAGAUUGUCAUUUAUCUGUGUCCUCAAUAAAUGUCCAGUGUACAAAUUUAUCUACAAAUGAUAUUUCUAAAGCAUUUAUGUCUACAGAAAAUGAUUCUAUUGUAUCAACAUCUGCAAAUAGUAUUUAUAAUACUCCCAUGUUUACAUCUGACAUUAGUAUUACUAAUGCCCCUAUACUUUUUUCUACAAAUAGUAUUUCUAAUACUAAUAUGCUUUCAUUUACAAAUAACAAUACCAUAAAUGUAUCUGAGAAUGGUGUGCGCAAAGAUGUUAUUCCUAUAACAGAAAAUAUUUUUCGAGUGCAAUUGCUUGAGUUUUUAAAUAAAAAUUGUCUUAACGGUAUUUCAGGAAUACCUUUAACUAAACCAACUCGAUGCAAAUGUAACUGUUGUACAGCUGUGAAUAGUUUACCGAUAGAACAAUCGAGGGUAUACAAUCUAUUUUUUGCAUCAAGUGAUAAUUUUAGUCAUACAAAUAUACAUAGUGAUAUGAAUUCCUUAAAUUUACCACUUGCUGAUAGUUCUAUUUAUGUUACUAGUCAUCAUAGUGAAAACAAAUCAAAUAUACCGCAUACAUUCAAAACACCAAUUAAUAUAGAGACUCCUAAAAACAUUUGGGUUAAUGAGUUGACUUCUUUGAUUAUUAAAAAUGAGAAUACAUCUAAAAUAAAUCUUACAACUAACACAAAUAAUUCAAAAGAAUUUCCCAACUCCAAUUGUGGUUAA